AACUACCCGGGCAUAAAAACGUAUGAUAUGGAAACAAUUGCGGCCGAACCAUCCGAUCGAAUCCCAGAACCAGUCGUUAACGCAGUUCAGAACUCCAAUCAGACUCCGGCGGCUAUUCAGCAGAAGAUGUUGCCGAACGGUGGAGCGGCGGUUGAGGAUGGUUUUGAGAGCGCACCAGCGCCACUUAGCGAUCAAAUGGAACGGUUGAAGCAAUAUGAGAAGGAUUUGAAGAAGAGACGAGAACUGGACGAACAACGAGCCAAAGAAGAUGCCUUUUUGAGAGCAUCAUUACGUGGUUCAAAAAAGCUACAAGCACUGGAAGACAAAGAUGCUCAAGCGAAACUGGAACUAGCGAACGGUAAGGCGCUAAACGAGAAAACAGUUGAUAUGGGAUAUUCGAAUAAGUGUUAUGUGACGAGCGAUGUUUCAUAUCGUGAAAAUCUGGACAAAAUGCAAUCAGAAGCCAUCCCACUGGAGCAAGUAAUCAUAUCGGUGAAUAGAGUUGCGAGUCAUUUGGAGCAAUCUGAAGGACGUCCAGAAGAGUCGAAAAUUAUCCGCGAUUACUUCACUCAAGAACCAAUCCAGAAAGCUAUCGAAGCGGCUGCGGUUCAUCGUUCCUCUCAAGUGAGUGUUUUCUAA